CCAGCCAGCAGCUUGUAUUUGGAAAUGAUGCUUCGACUUGCUGACGGCUAGUGAAUAUGAGAAAGCAGAACGGGGGCUGCCAGUUGAUAGGGAUCACUUUCUGGAAUGUGCGGCUUGGGGAGCCGUUGUUUGUCUGGGAAAAGAUGUAUGAUGAUUUUGUUCUGACAUGAGAAGAUGGUAAUUGUGGACUGUUUCCCAUUCUCGGAUGGGGACGUGUAAUUGAUAAUCAAGAAAUCUGUGGCCUGGUGAAGAAAUGGAGUUAGCAGUAGGUUAAAAACAGGGCCUGACUGUCGUGUGCAGCCCCCUGCUAAAUGGGCCUGCUAAAUAAAUCACAAGUGACCUGAGAGUCAGAAGGGCUGAGUAAGAUCUUGAAUUCAGGUGUUCUGAUGCUUUCUCUUGGAAUAAGUAUUUCGUAUGAAGUUGGAGCAUUAUGAAAAGCAUUGGAGGAUUGACAUGCAGAAGUAGUAUAACUUUCAUCGUGCCUUUUGAAAAUAUCUUUAUAGGCUUCUCUUCAUAUCUUCCCCUUGUUUCCAAAUUUUUGCUAUAGUAUUUAAAAAAAAGUUUUUUGUGCUUGAAAACAUCUGAGUUCUCUUGGUCCUUGUGUGUUUGAUAGGUGGUAACUCCUCCAGGAGGAAUAGCUGCAAGAGAAGUAGUUGUCUCAUUUCACUAGGGAAAACGGAGCAGAGCAGAUGAAAGCUCUCCUUAGGGAAGACAAAGGCCAUCGGCACUUUGCUUUGCCAGGAAGGACAGGAAUAUGCAACUCUAUCUGAUGUGUUCAGAAAGAGAGGAUAACACUUAGGGUGCCCGCCGAAGCGACCCAGCAUUUCAGGCUGGCAGGUGUUUUAAUUUGGCUCUCUCGAAUCCUUCAACUAACUCGUCGGAGGAGUCACGUCCGAGGAAGUAGGUGGUUGUCUGGGGUGGGGUUGGGGCUAUCGGGGUGCAUGGGGGAAUAUCUGAUAAACGUCACCAGGAUGGCUAAGAGCAAGCGGGCAGACUGUAACGGAAAGCUUAUGUCCAGGUCUGGCUUCAGCGAGUUCAUUCAGAGCCCUCCUCCCCUUCCCACGGUCGUCCUGCAGCUGCCCCUGUUGCUGUUGGUUGUGGCGGUGUGUGAAGGGCUCGUUAGCUGGGAAGGUUCGUCUGGUUGGUGCUGGCUGUACAGAGGGACUCCGGCUUUGGCUGGGCAUGGCUGGCUCAUACCCAGCUGGGUGCCUGUGAGCGGCUUCUGGGCAGCUCUCAUACUCCUCAGUUGUGUUUUUUUUUUUUUUUUUUGGAGCCCUCUCUUAGGGAGAUGUUUGCUUGACUGCAGCCCUGAUGCUCAGCCUUGCUCCAGCACCUGUACAGGACACAGUUAAGCUAAGCUUCCAGUUACCAUUUUCCUCUGCAUGCAGCAUAUGGUGUGCAGUUACUUUGCUUAUAAUCCACGUGAGUGUUGAUUUCAUUCACGCUCUUACAGAGACUGGGGUUACCCUGGUCUUUUGUGGUGUCUCCGAGAGGUGAGUCAGAAUUGAAUAUUUUGCUAUGGCAACAAAUAACAUGUUUUUGUCGCAGCAUAGCUACUCUUAAGUACUUCUGUUGCUGAAUCGAAUCAUUUGGAUGAUACGGAGUUGUUCCCGUAGAACUAGAAUCGAGCCUUAAAGCCUUGUUUAAGUUUGCGUCUUGGUAGUCUUUGGGGGACCAGGACAGCCCUUCCGUCACUUGCUUGUGAUGAAAACGUUACUCAGUGUGAACUAAGGUAAGCUGAAAGGUGGAUGGCACAGGCCUGGCAUGCUGCUUUGCGCUAGUGCCUGUCACCUCUGUUUUCCAGAGAACAGGAGCAGCAGGUGCUUUGGGAAAAGGGAGGUCUCCCUGGGGCAGGUCUGUAGAAGGAGCAGUGACUUUACCUGUAGCCUUUGGCUGGAAAGAAAUGCCUCCUGACCCCCGAUUCCUAUUUAGCAGUGUUUUCUUCUUAAUUUGGUUAUGUUUUUAGCAAAGCUUUGGCAUUCUUUCGACACGACUGUUCUGAAGGGCUGCCUGAAUCCUGCUGGAGAGUUGCGAUCCCCGGCGAUCUCUGAUGAAACCAAGCCUCUGCGGGGUGUCGGGGUGGUGCUGUUCCUGUCGGGCACGGCGUGCUGCAAGCUCGUGGUGUAUUGUACUGGUGACGUGCAGGAGGCAGCAGUUACAAGUGUGCAUAACAGAACUUUUGAGUUUGUUUUAUCCUUUCAUGAGCACAUUUUCUAACAAGAUCCAUUAAAAUACAUAGCAAAGUCAGGCACAGCAGAUUUGUUAGAAAGUGCUGGAAUUCAGUUCCCCACCUGACUGUAUUACUGCUGCAUGGCUUUCAUUGAAAGCAAACUACCAAGUGGAUUUGUGUUCUAUGACUUGCAAAUUCUGUGAUGAUAAAUACAGUCAUCACCACUCCCAUCGGUUAUACCAUAAUGCAGUUCCUAUUUGGCAUGUUCUCACUAAAUGUGUUCAGACAAGCUCUUGUUUUCCUUCCUUUUAGCAUCAAGAGUGAAAGAACAGAUCUGCCUAAAAAAUGCUAAAAGAUGUGCGGAGAGCAGGAGGAGCUUGCAGGUGAACUUGCGGGUUAAGGCAGGAGUUAUCCCUUUUCUGGCAGCCUCUGUGAUAAUUUCAUGCGUGAGACCAAGCUCGAUAAGAGUCACUUUUCCAACAGUGUGCUAGGUGGCUGCUGGCGAGGCGUGCUUUGGUUCUGGGUGCUGCUUUCUUUGGACAUGUGGGGAGCGAUAAGUGGAGCUCUGACCACUCAGGCAGCUGAGAUCAGUCACAAGUGUGAUGGCUUGGCAGCUGCGGCUUGGGGAAAUAAGCUCAGGGCUUGAAUUCCAGUGGUCUUGAAUCCUGGCUCUGUCAGCAGUUCACCAAAUGGCUAAUAUAUUAAUGUAUUUUUCCAUUCGUUAAAUCCUCUGAUCUCACAAAGGCAGACAGAGUAGAUGUUUGUGAGGCUUUGGGAACACAGAACAAUGAGCAUCCGAGAAAAACAGCACGAGGAAAUGAGGAAUUCUGUAUUUAUUUCUGGGUUUUGAAGCUUUGUAAUAAAUACAAGAGAAUAUGGGAGAAAAAGACAAGAAUGUUUAACAGUGCCAUUAUUCAUUCAGUAUUGAAUAAUUUGGCAGUCUUACGCAAGAAAGAUGUAAACAUGGCCUUAUCUUAUAUCUUAAUGUGUCCUCACGAGGAACCUGAAUUCUGGCAUAGACUAAUGUUUCCGUGCUCAUGUUUCAGCAUAAAUCAUUGCAAUGGUUUUAAGAGAGGAGUAUUUUCAUGUAAAGUUAGCUUUAAAAAAAAUAGAAAAUGGGUAAUGUGGCUUUGAAAGCCUGCUAUCAUCAUACCAAUCUUCAUCACCGUGUGAAAAUGCCUGAGACCGCAGGCCUGAAGGAAGGGCUUGCAGGGCUCCCUCCGCUCCACGUGAAGCGGUUGCCCUCAUGCUCGCUCCCCAACGUGCAAGGUCCUUCCUUCAGUCAUAGGCUGUAAGUUUUGGGUAGUUUGAGCGCGUGUAGUCCGUGAAAUCGUUAUUCUGUCAAUGACGUAAGGUCACUGUGACGCUGAGACGUCCUUCUCUUGGCAGGGUGUCAGGCUUUAUUGCCCUUUGUGCAGUGUUAGAACAGUUUUAAUAAAACCACGAAAGACGUGUUGGUGGGAGGCAAGUAGCCAAGGCCGUGCGCGACCUGUCCCCGCUCCUGCGGCGUGCCCCUGGGCCAGACGGGCUCCUCAGCCCUCUCCACGUUCCGAGAUGAGGUAAGGCAGCGUCUCAUGCCUUGGAUUUGUAUUCUGGGUCAAUCGAGAUUGAUGUUCAUGCUGUAACAUCGUCCAUCUUGUUCCUUAAUACCAGUCAUCAACUGCGUUAGGAAACUGGGGGUGCUUUUUGACCCAGACUCUGUCUGUCUUCCCUCACAGAAGUUCAGUGAGCUCUGAAAUCACUGACCCCUGGUUUUCUGCAAGGGUCACCCUUGGCUUGUGUGUCUAAGAAGUUUUGGGCUCGCUUGAAGUUUCUGAUGCGAUUGAGGUGUUUGCAACUUGGCUUUCAUUUGUUUUUCUCCUGCUUAGUAAGGAUGAAGUUCACUGCGCAGUUUUUGCAUACUUGAAAAACAGCUUCUCCUCCUUGGGAUUUGAUCCUUGUUGCUGAGGGUGGCAGAUGACUUCGCUUGAAUCUCUUGGUUGUCUGUGACCCCUUCCAGAAAUCUGAGACAAACAAGAUGAGCUCACAGAUCACAUUCCCAAAGGAGACCAGCAUAAAAGGUUGCUCUUGUUUGUUUGCUUCUUGCAGCAGUCGGCAUGAGGCUGAGAAUGUAGCUUUGUUUUUAGCCAGCAAGGAGCACCACAGAGCCUGCCAGGGCUUGUUGACCAGUAAAAAUUAGUGGAUUUCCUCAUCCCUUCCCUUUUGUUGUACUGAAUGAGGAGUUUGAGCGUUUUACGUGACAGCUCUAUGAUUACCUAAAUGUGCAGUAGACACAGGAAAGUUUAUAGUGUUUGCAUAAUCCUCGUUUUAGAGAACAAAACUAAUCCAGCAGCAGGAUGACUCCUCGCUGUUCCAGAUGUUCCUAGAGGCAAUGUACCUGAAUGGUGAUCACGUCCUGCGUCUGUGGGUGCUUUGCUGUGGGUGUUGGUGCCUGAGAACCUUAGUGGGGUUGGACUGGGUGAUCUUUAGGGUCCCUUCCAACCCCAGCUGUUCUGUGAUUCUACGGCUCCAGGCACCUCUUUACCUUCCCCAGCCCACAGUGGGGUCCGUACUGCUGGUAAGCAACCCAGCUAACCCAUAUCCAUCAGAACCAGUUGGUGUCAUCCUGAAACUUCCCCAUGCAGUCUUCAGGCAGCCGCGUUUCUCAUCGCUGCAGUAGCAGCUCUCCAAGAGGAAUUAAAACCUCCUGGAAAGCUGUCUCCUGUCACGGUGCGGUAUGAAAUUCUAACAUAAAGAUAGCGAAUAAGUAAAAAUCCUCUGUGCUCAACGUGACCCCGUCUCGGUGUGUCCUUCCGAGAUGCUCAGUUCAUGAAAUUCUCCUCCGAUGAAGUGUGUGAUAGCAGUCAGCCCUCUAGCAUUGUUUCCCACAGAGCAUGUACCUGGGAUGAAUUCCUUAACAGAUGUCAAGGUAGGGGGCGGGAUUAGGGCUGUUCUGUUACUUUUGGUACUUGUAUGCUAUGUGUAAAUGAUAAUAUGAAAUAGACCGGGUUAAAUUACAUUAAUGCAUAACUUCAGGGGUCCUUGUUCCUCAGAGCAUUACCUCGUUUAUAUCUGGUUUUGAACAGACCUUCAGCAAGGCCUUAUAUCCACUGUAGGUGCAUGGGAUUGCUGGAGGGAGGAAUCCUUCUGAAUCUAAAUCAUCGCCGACAACUGUUUUCUGUUUUGACUGUUUAAAAAAAAGAUAAACCGUGCGCUAGCACUGAAAAUGCCAACAUUUCGAGACGGGCUCAGAUGGCAGGUCCAUCUGGUGCAGCGUCCUGUUCGGAGGCGCGGAGCAGCAUCUGCGCGCCGUGUCCAGAGACAGGAGCAAGCACCCUGCAGCUGGCAACUGUGAAAUGCUGAUCUUCAGAGCAGAGCAUGACUCAGUGGCUCGUACUCUUGCUGAAAUCCUGCAGCAUUAGGAUUAACUCUUUCUCCGAGGCUUGUUAGUUUGUAGCUGCUGGCAAAAUAUUUGCUCAUACCCAGUAAGUUUGUGCAAUCCAAGAGGAGUGGAUUUGGAGGAGCCCGUCCCUGCUGCAGCUUGGCGAGGUGCUCCUGCAGUCCGCUUCCUUUACUCUCAGGUUGUUUUCUAAGGUGCAGCUCUCAUGUAAGCCGCUGCUUUUUCUCAACCCUCUUGAGGUUUGUGCUUUGUCGUCCCCCCCUGAGGUGUUUCCCCUUUGUGGAAGCAUUUAUUCAGCAACCCCCUCUUGGGUGGGGUGUUGUGGCACUGUAACGUGACAAAUCUGUGAAGGAAAGAGCCUGUGCCCUAGUUCUGAACGAAAGUAACUUUUUUGAGGCUUUUUGGGGGGGUUUUAGGGGAAGGGGUGCGGACACAGCUGCAUGAUUUGCCGUGUGGAGGGGUUCGUUGUCAGGGUGGCAGUGCUCACAGCCCUGGUUUGGUGUGAAGCGCUGCAGUUCUUGGCCAUUCCUGCAAACUCAGCUUUCCCCUUCGCAGUGCUGGUGUACCCGAGAAGGGUCAGAGCGAGAACCCUAAAGUCGGGAGCCCUGCAACCUCUGAGAACCACGGUUAUGUGCUGGUAAAGCUCACAUUGUAGUGCGGAGAACCUUUGGAUCCUUUUCCUUGAGGGAGUUCUUUAAAAGAACUUAGAGCUUAACUUAAAAGCCCCAUUUUCCCCUUUGGCUGUUCUCCAUCUUCUGCCCAAGCCUGCUUGGCGUUCAGCGGGGUUAGGGGUGGCUCUUUGGCAACCGACAGCGUGUUUCUUCCUGCCCGCCACAGUGGCUUUCCUAGGGCACGACAGGAGGCUCCCCAGGCCUCUGUGACCCAGCGCCGUGCCUGGCAGCGUGUUCUGCUUCCCCGGCCUGCUGUGUGGAGCCCUUGUUUCGGUGCUGGAGACGUGCUCGGAGUGCUCGAGCUUGGCACUUGCCAGCUGGAUGUCACGCUGGGCUCCGGCUGGCUGCUGUCUUAUUUCAUCCGCAAGGAAAUAACGGUUAAGACUAAAAUGGAGGCAUCGCCUUUUGUGUUAAAUAUUCCCCUAUUAAAACAGAGCUUGUUUCCCCCCCCACACACACAAAAAAAUAUUGGUAAUUGCCUGAAGGUCCCGAUUUGGUUCUUUUUAAAUUGCCUGCUUAAAUGUGCCAAAGUGCAUCCUUGAAAUUGGGCCAUCACCAGGAGCUCAACCUCUGCCAACACCUGCAAAUGUCAGGUUGCAAACGCAGCCGUGAAAUCGAGCAGCAACGGCUCAGAUGUACCCACUCCCUGAUUCCACAGGGCAAAGCAUGGUGCUGGGGUGGAGGGGUGAGGAAGAAGCCUCGUAUUAUAUUAACCCAUCCUACCUGCCUACUACAAACGGCCUAUUUUCUGCCCCUAAUGGUUUCUGCCUAACAAAUGGUGUUUCUUUUUUACAGCGUUAUGAUCCUGGACUUGUUGUGGUGAUGGUAAACUUAGCAGUGGGAGGACGGAUCCCAUCCCGAUUGUCGUCAAGUACGAUGUCAUGGGCAUGGGGCGGAUGGAGAUGGAGCUUGACUACGCCGAAGAUGCCACUGAGCGGAGGCGUGUACUGGAGGUGGAGAAAGAAGACACCGAGGAGCUGAGGCAGAAAUACAAGGAUUACGUUGAUAAAGAAAAGGCAAUUGCCAAGGCUUUGGAAGACCUCAGAGCAAACUUCUACUGUGAACUCUGUGACAAGCAGUAUCAAAAGCAUCAAGAGUUUGACAACCACAUAAACUCUUAUGAUCAUGCUCACAAGCAGAGGUUGAAAGAUCUCAAGCAAAGGGAAUUUGCUCGCAACGUCUCCUCGAGAUCGCGUAAAGAUGAAAGGAAGCAGGAGAAAGCCCUCCGACGUCUUCAUGAACUGGCUGAACAGAGAAGGCAGCCUGAAUGUGCUCCUGGAAGCGGACCCAUGUUCAGAACCACCACCGUGGCUGUGGAUGAGGAAGGUGGAGAUGAUGACGAUUCUGCAGCCAACAGCGGUUCUUUUGUCCAGACAAUGUCUGGCCAAGCUUCAGAGAUGACAAUGGACAGAGGUUUCCUUAACACCGGACAAGUUGGUGGCACCCUUAUGCCAGGCCAAAUGCCCCUCCAGUCAGCACAAGCAAUCAGUUUUGGCAUUAAGAGCGCUUUGGGAACUCCACUGCAAAAGAUAGGUGUGUCAUUUUCAUUUGCCAAGAAGACUCCGGUGAAGCUUGAGACCAUCGCUUCUGUUUUCAAGGACCACGUGGAAGAAUCGAGUUCUGCAGAUGGAGGAAAAGCUGAUGAGAGAGGGUCCUCAGAUGCAGGAAGUCUGCAGAAGUCUGGUGAGGGUGAAAGCACAAAUAAUUCUGAUGGCAAGACGGAGGAAGAUGACCAGCAUGACAAAGAUAGCGGCUCUCUGGCCACUACGUUAUCUAAACUAAAAAAGAUGAGACGAGAAGAUGGACCAAUGGCAGUUGAACCAGAAUACUAUCAUUAUAUUCCCCCAGCCCACUGUAAAGUAAAGCCUAAUUUUCAAUUCCUGCUUUUCAUGAAGUCUACAGAACAAAUGGAAGCUGAAAAUGUGAAUAAAAAAAACACACAUGAAGUCAAAAAGGGUAAUUCUCCAAAACCCAAACCCGGCAAGCAUGCAGAGAAGGCUGCUGAGAGCACAGUGCAGCAGAAGGAACAGAGUACUACUGAAACUACUGCUCAGCAGAGCAAAACGGAGCUAAAAGAAGUCCCAGAAAAUGCAAGUAUGCAGGAGGGCAAGCAUCUUACAGAGAGCAACCUCCCAGAGCCAGACACUACUAAGGAAGUCACUCAGCCUGUCCCAAGCAGUAAAGAUGGCACUGAAGGACCAAAACAUCCAACAGGACCUUUUUUUCCAGUUCUGAGUAAAGAUGAGAGCACUACUCUCCAGUGGCCUUCAGAGCUGCUCAUAUUUACCAAAGCAGAACCUUCUGUUUCAUACAGUUGUAAUCCCCUGUAUUUUGAUUUCAAGCUGUCUCGCAACAAAGAUGCUAAAGGAAAAGGGACAGAGAAAUCCAAGGAUCCAGGAGGCCUUUGUAAAGAAAAUGUUCAGACUCCAGAAUCUAGAGAGAUGAGCAAACCCAAGGAGGUAGAAAGCAUAGCUAACAGUUCUGCUGGGAAAAUGGAAAGUAAAUCUCUGUCUGCCUGUGGCUCCCAGAGCAAGCAGGAGUCUAACUUGGCAAACAUGAGUAAGGUAGAGGGAGAUGACAGUAGUAAAAAUGUAACUGGUAAGAAUAAAUCUGGAAAAUCCCAUAAACAUAAAAAGAAAAAGAAGCACAAAAAGUCCAGCAAACACAAACGUAAACACAAGGAAGAACCUGACGAGAAGAGCCGAAAAACUGACCUGGGGGAAGAGAAACCCAAGAAACGGAAAAAACACAGACACAAAAAACUCAAAUCUUCUCUUUCUACUGAAUCAGAACGGGCACUGAAAACUGAACUGUCUGAAGACUGUAGCCACUUCCAGAAGAAAAAGCGGUGCUCUCAGGAGUUGCAGAGGAAGUCUCUGUCUGCUGAAGAGGGAAGUAGCUGUAAGAAAGAGGACAGUGGUAACUCCUGCCAAGAGCAUGGCAGCAAGAAACACAAGGCUGACCUGCAGCAGCUGCCGGCUGCCAGGAGGCGGUGUGCUGGCCCCUCUCUGGGCAGGUCUGGCCACAGGAGCCGGCAGAGCAGCGGGGAUUACGACAGCGACGAGGGCUCCCACAGGAAGCACUCCCGGCAGAAAUCUCCCUCGCAGUACAGCGAUGACUACGACUCCGGCAGCGACCACUCCAGGAGCCGCUCCAGGUCAGGGCGGAGGCACUCAUCUCGACGGUCCUACUCUACCAGUUCCGAUGCUUCUUCAGAUCAGAGCAGGUACAGCCGCCGGAGGAGUUACUCGGAUGACAGCUACAGUGACUACAGCGACCGGUCGAGGUGCCACUCAAAGAGGUCCCACGACUCGGAGGAUGACUCUGACUACAACAGCUCAAAUCACAGAUCAAAGCGGCGCAAGUACUCCUCUUCCGAAGACGACUACAGCUCGAGUCGGAGCAGGUCAAGGAGUCGAAGCAGGAGCCGAACCCACCCUCGAGGAAGGUCAAGAACACGGAGUCGGGGCAGGACACGAAGCAGCAGCUGUAGCCGCAGUCGAAGCAAGAGGAGAAGCCGAAGCGUGACAGGUCGCAGCUGGAAACGAAGUCGCAGCUACAGCCGGGAUCGCAGCCGCAGUACGAGAAGCCACUCGCAGAGGUCGCUCUCGCGAAAGGGCUCUCGAGGCCAUGAGAGCCCUGAAGAGAGGCGGUCAGGGAGAAGAGACUUCAUCAGGUCCAAAAUCUAUCGCUCGCAGUCUCCUCACUACUUCCGAACAAGCAGAAAUGAAGGAGCUUUGAAGAAGGAGGACGGCAAAGGCGAGGAUCUCAAAGGGUCUGGCUCUCUCUCCCAGAACAGCAGCAGCAGCUCUGGCACUGGGAGGGCCUCAGAAGGUGACUGCAGUCCAGAAGAGAGAAACUCCGUGACUGCAAAACUUCUCCUGGAAAAGAUCCAGUCCAGGAAGGUUGAGAAGAAGCCCUGUGUUACUGAUGAAAUGCUAGCAGGGGCAAACAAGGUGGGCAUAAAGCUCAAAGACCCUCCACAGGGCUACUUUGGCCCCAAGCUUCCUCCUUCAUUAGGCAACAAACCAGUUCUCCCUUUAAUUGGGAAAUUGCCAACCAUCCGAAAACCAAAUGCAAAAAGAUACGAAGAGUCUGGCUUAGAGAGGGGCGAAGAGCAAGAGCUAUCGGACUCUGAGGAUGCUUCCCAAGGCAUGGAGGAGACUCAGUUGGCCGGCCAGUCUCUCCUGGAAGAAGUGGUAAUGGUUAUGCAGGACAAACCUCUGGAUGAGCAGAAACGCGACGAACCUGCUGUGGAGAUGCCGUCCGUUCCCCUCGAAGCACCAGCGCUGCCCGAGUGCUUUAGUUCUGGGGACCUGGUCAUGCAGCACAACUUCCUCUCGGACCCAAGCGAUGGUGACGCCUUGGAACCCAUGGAUGGGGGCAGCCAGCCCGUCCCUGUGGAAGCCGGUAUGAUGCCCUUGGUCCCUGAUGUGGAGCAUUUUCCUGGCUAUGUGCCUCAGAGCGGGGAGCCGAGCAUCGAAGGAGACCGAGAAGGGGGAGAAGACUCCUCUCUGGCACCACUCGAGAGCCAGCCCAUCACUUUUACACCCGAAGAGAUGGAGAAGUACAGCAAACUACAGCAGGCUGCUCAGCAGCACAUCCAGCAGCAGCUCCUCGCAAAGCAGGUCAAGGCCUUUCCUGCCUCCACUGCGCUGGCGCCAGCAGCGCCUGCCCUGCAGCCCAUCCACAUCCAGCAGCCGGCGGCGGCAUCCGCGACCUCCAUCACCACCGUGCAGCACGCCAUCCUGCAGCACCACGCCGCCGCGGCAGCCGCCGCCAUCGGCAUCCACCCCCACCCCCAUCCCCAGCCUCUUGCUCAGGUUCAUCAUAUACCCCAGCCCCACUUGACGCCCAUCUCGUUAUCCCACCUGACCCACUCGAUUAUUCCGGGACACCCCGCUACGUUUCUAGCCAGCCACCCCAUCCACAUCAUUCCGGCAUCAGCCAUCCAUCCGGGCCCCUUUACUUUUCACCCGGUUCCUCAUGCUCUUUACCCGACCCUUCUUGCCCCAAGACCCGCUGCUGCUGCGGCCGCUACAGCGUUACAUCUUCACCCCUUGCUGCACCCCAUCUUCUCAGGUCAGGACUUGCAGCACCCCCCGAGUCAUGGCACAUGAAGGACGAGCGAAGUAACCUUGGAGGAAGGAGAAUAUUUUGCAUUUUGGGAAGGGGUUGAAGCUGAUCUAGCUGGCAGGUGAGGCCUGAGAAUUUCCUUUCACUCUUUAGCAGCCAAAGAAGCCAGGCGUGGCCGGAGGGCUGGGUAGCGGCGGGCGGCAGGUCAGUCCGCAAGCAUUGUAUGCAGCCACUGCCAGGGGCUGUCGCGGCCCUGCCGCCACCGUGUUCAUAGCAGCGCUGUGCCGGAGGAGUCUUCUCGAGCGCGGACAGGCGAGGCACUCGGAAAGGCUUUUUUCCCUGGAUUCUUACACUUAGUCAUCCUCCUGCCGCUGUGUAUAUGAUAAGUGAUAUUUCGUGCACACUAAUAGGUCUCUAAAAUCCUUUUAAUGAGGUCAUCUAAUUAAAAUAGUCAGCAUGAUUGAAUCCUGCUUGUAAUCAGCGAUGAAACACUCAGUAACUGACAGCUGUAGAUCCUGGCAAGGAGACUGAUGGAAGGGCAGCGCCCCUCUUGUUUUGUCUGGGCCAGUACCAGUUCUCAGGCAUUGCAGGAGAUUUCCUGGCAUCCUACUGCUGUGUACUUAGGUUUCAUUUUUUUUAGUGUAAGCAGCAAAGGUGGAAAUAAGAUCUAAUUUUGAAGCAGAAGCGAACGGAGGAGCUGCGUGUGUGCUCCGAGCUCUGACCCUUCUCCAUCCUGCAUUAACAUUCUCCUGUGUGAGGACUGCACCUUGACACCUUCUGUACAUUGUGAACUGGAGAGAGGUUCUCAGAUUGGUAGUUUGUGAUUUCAAUCUAGGCUUUGACCACUCUUCUCCUGAGAAAGAAAGGAAAAAAUAAUCUGCUCUGACUUCCAUCUUUAGAGGUGUUGCAAAAGAGGCUCUCAGCUGAGAGAGAAGAAAAAUCCCUUUAGGAAUUGAAGCAAUACAGAGGACUGGGGAGAGUGAUGGGAGUAUGUAAAGUGUACUCUUUCCUCUGUAAUACUGAUGGUUUCCUUAUUAAUUUAUAGGAUUUUUUUUAAUGUAAAGAAUUGCACUGAACUCUGUAAACAAAGAUGCUGCUUUUUGUAGCUCAUAUAAAAAGGUUACAUUUGUAGUAUACCGCAAUAAUAUUUUUUACAGCCAGUUCUUUUAGUGGUACUUGUUCUGGUGGCUUUUGUGUAAAUAUGUUUGCCGUAGGUGAAAUAAGACACUUGUAAAGGUUCAACUUUAUAGUUUCAGCUAGAUGCAAAAUGAACUAAGCAUGUAUAUUUUAUCAAGCUCAUGUAUUUUUGAAGUUUUUAUGUACCAUAAGAUGUAAAAAAAAAAAAAAAAAGAAAAAAAAAUCCACCUUCAUUUAGCGUUUUGCAGAAGAAAAACGUGCGACUCGGAAUACAUGAGGUGCGUGGAUGACACCGGUGACUCUAACAGCUAAUGAACAGCACCGCGUGGAAGGUGCUGGCUUUGGGAACGGUGUACUCGGGGAAGCAGCGGGGGCUUGCUGCAUGCUCCUGGUCUUUACUAAGCAGCUACUUAUAGGAAUUGACACUGGAGGCUGUCUCAGGAGUGUCAGGAAUUUGGGUUGUCUCCCACAGAGUGCAGAAUUCCUUCCCCCCCCCCCCCCCCUUUCUUACCCCCCAGGUUUGUACCAGGUGUGCAAUCCAUACCAUCUUCUGCUGACAGAAGAACCUUUCAACCACCACUGUUCGCCACUGUACGCACAGGGCCAGGUGCUUUGGUUUGUAACUAAUCUGUUGUGCCCACACCUCUCUGGUGGGGUAUGAGGGAUUUCUGUUCCUUCCUGCAUCCUUCCCUGGCGCUGGGUAAUGCCAACCACGGGGGCUCUGAGGCCAACUCAAAGAGCUGCUGGCCCCGGGACCUGGGUUGGGUAUUUUGGGUUCGGGUUCUCCUGCUGUUAGUGCAGGUUUGGGGCACGCCUGUGAACCGGUUCCACUUCCAGGCCGUGCCCCCAUGGUUGGUUUUGGUGGCCCGGUUUUGGAGCAGGCGGCAGCAGCUGCUGCUCCUUCCCUCCCUCCUCUCCAGAAACACAGAACUGAGACCCAGGAGCAGACUGAAAGGAUCGAAAACUCUGAGCUUCCUCGUUAUUUGAACAAGAGCCUUUGCGUUUGGACAGGUCGGACUGAAUCACAACGGUCAGAAAAGGGACUCAAUUUCUCUGUAAAUAAUUAACAGAAUACAGUAUUAAUGUUUCAGUGCUGAGCUUCAUUAGCUUCUAGAUUCAAUAUGCGUGUUCUGGCACCCUUCACACUGCAGUCAGGGUUUUUUUUUUUUUUUUUUGACUUCCGGAAUAGUGCUAAAAAUAAUUAACCUAUCAUUACUUAACGAGCAUAAACAGACUGUAUUUAACUUUGUCACAUAAGAUAUAUAUAAAUAUAUAUAUAUGCUGUAAAAUGAGGGGAAAAAAACCUUUCUAAUAAACC